AUAAUUACAUACAAGGCAAGAUCUAAACACCAAACAUUUAUGCAAAAUUAAGCUAAUUAAUAUAUGACUUUAAAGGAUAUAUAAGUCAAUUUAAGAUUGGGACACAAAAUAAGAAAAGAAACAUGAAAAGGUAUCUUCUGUUGAUAAUAGUGGUGAUCGGAUAUACAUUUAAAAGUGCUGUUUCGAAAUGCGUUCAAGGACAGAAUUGUAAACUACCGUCCUGUUUUUGUGGAACAUAUGAACAUCCACUCGGCAGACGAGAUGUACCGCAGAUUGUUUACUUCGCCAUUGAUGACGGCGUAAAUAGUGAAGUUGCUGAAUAUUACAACAGGCUGUUUCAUCCCAGCAGAAAAAAUCCCAAUGGCUGCCCUAUCACAGCUACGUUAAUGGCUACCAUCAAAGGUACGGACUUCAAUCUCUUACAAGACUUUUACAAUCGGGGUUUUGAGAUAGCCACACAUGCGGACACGUCUUCAGCUAUAACUAAUUCAACGAUAUUAGAGUUGGAAAUCAAGACCGAGCGUCAAACUGUUUUGGACAAUGUUGUAAUGUCUGCAAACGAUAUUCAAGGCUGGAGAAGUCCAUAUCUCAAAACUAUAGGAGACGAGCAGAUUAGGAUACUGAAAAAACUUGGAUACAGAUAUGACACAUCCAAAACAUUUGUCAGGAAAAAUGCAACAGACGGUAACAAUGUCUUCCCUCUAACAGCAGAUUUUCCAUGGCCUUACGCCUGUAAUAUUCCUCCCUGUUGGUCAGAAUCUCACAGCAAAUUUUGGGAAGUGCCUAUCAACUCUCUCUGGGACUAUAAAAAGGCGUAUCCUUGCCCUACAGCAGAUGGAUGUCAUAAUCGUCCCGACACUGAAGAAGAUGCCAGAAAGUUUAUAAUGAUGAACUUUAAAAAUUCCUACCGCGGUAAUCGGGCACCGCUUGGAUUCCACUUGAUAGGAAAAUUUUUUCGUCAUGUUCCUUUUUACCGCGCAAUGGAUCGAUUCAUCCAAGAAAUCUUAGUGCAACCUGACGUAUAUAUCAUCCCUAUUUCUAAAAUGCUGGAUUGGAUGGAGCAACCGGUUCCCUUAUCACAGGUUAUUAGAUAUGCACCUUGGAAAUGUGCAUCACUGAUAUCCCCAACACCUGCUAUGCCUGCCCUUCCUACAAUUACCCCACCUCUUAACGCCGAAAGAUGUGUACAAGGCCAAAGCUGUAAGCUCCCUUCGUGCUUCUGCCAAUCCUUUGACCAUUUCAUGAACAAAACCACUAUUCCACAAAUAGUUUACAUAGCAAUAGAUGACGCGUUAGAUAGCUCUGUCUCCGGUUAUUUUGAAAGACUUCUUUUUAACAGAACAAACCCAAAUAGAUGUCCAAUAUCAGCAACUUUUUUUGUUACCACUACAGGAACUAACUAUUCUAUUGUUCGCGAUUUUUAUUCCAAGGGCAUGGAGAUAGGAUCCCACAGUGUAUCACGUGACAGAGCGACUACCAGGGAAGCACUAUUCAGAGGAGCUAGGCUCUCAAAAGAAAACUUGGCGACCUACGCGGAUAUUCCCCUUUCAGACAUCAAAGGCUUCAGAAGUCCUGAUCUAGCCACGGCCGGUGACGACCAAGCAGAGAUUUUACGAAGGCUUGGAUACACAUACGAUAUAUCUUACACGUUUACCAGACCAAAAUCUUAUGCAAAAAAUGUGUGGCCAUUAACAGCUGACUACGGCUGGCCUUUAAAAUGUAACAUACCCCCAUGUCUCCAACGACCCCACAGAGGGUUCUGGGAAGUUCCUGUCAAUUCAAUGUGGGAUUAUACAAACACUGACUAUUGUACAUUUGCUGACGAAUGUCGAAGACCUCCACCUACACAAGAUCACGUAAGGCGGUACCUCACCAACAACUUCAAGAAUUCCUAUGAAGGAAAUAGGGCACCUUUUGGGAUCCAUCUUCAUGGAAGGUGGUUCCAGGAAUCAAGAAACUUAAUGGGCUUUGAAAGGUUUUUGAAUUAUUUACAAGCGUUGCCUGAUGUAUAUAUUGUGUCUGUUAAGAAAAUGUUAGAUUGGAUGAAGUAUCCCACAGCUUUGAAUCAAGUACAAACAUUUGGGCCCUGGAAAUGCAAAGUAAUGAAGCCUCUUUCUCAACAAUUAGCAUAGAAUUGUAUUGGGGGGAAACUUCUCAUUUGAUGUAUUUGUGAAUGUGUGCUCUCGUAUGAUAUAGUUUCAAUAAAUACAAAAACGUUU